AUGACCAAGCUUUUCACCCCUUUGCGUGUUGGGCGCAUGGAGCUCUCCCACCGCAUAGCAAUGGCUCCCAUGACCCGCUUUCGCGUUGAUGAUGCCCAUGUCCCUCUUCCCCUAGUCAAGGAGCAUUACGCCCAGCGCGCUUCCGUGCCAGGAACCCUCCUCAUCACCGAAGGAACCAUCAUCACCCCUCAAGCGGGUGGUUAUCCGAAUGUGCCCGGUAUCUGGAACGAUGCCCAGAUUGCAGCUUGGAAGGAAGUCGCUGAUGCCGUACACGCGAAAGGCUCCUACAUCUACAUGCAGCUGUGGGCAUUGGGCCGCGUGGCAAGCGCAGACAUGCUGAAGGUUUCCGGAUUCGACCUUGUCUCUGCCAGUGAUGUUCCUGCCACUGCAGAGGCGCCAGCCCCAAGGCCCUUAACUGAGGACGAGAUCCAGUCAUACAUCCAGCACUUCGUGCAGGCCGCGCGCAAUGCCAUCGCAGCGGGCUUCGACGGCGUUGAGAUCCACGGCGCUAACGGCUACCUAAUUGAUCAGUUUAUCCAAGACGUCACCAACAAGCGAACUGAUCAGUGGGGCGGCAGCGUCGAGAACCGUGCCCGCUUCGCUCUCGAGGUGACCCGCGCCGUCGCGAAUGCUGUUGGCUCGGACCGUACGGCUAUCCGCUUUAGCCCUUAUAAUACCUUCCAGGGUAUGAAGAUGAAGGAUCCGCAGCCACAAUUUGCCUAUCUGGCGCGCGAGCUAGCUCUAUUAAAGCUGGCGUAUGUGCACCUGGUUGAGGGUCGUGCUGAUGGCUUCGACAUCGUCGAGACCACCGACGAGUUGCACUUUUUCCUGAAUGCGUAUCAGGGUGCUGGGCCUGUGGUGGUCGCUGGUGGAUACCAGCCUGGGUUGGCGAGGGAGGCAGUUGAUGACAAGUACAAGGACCACAACGUGAUCGUUGCGUUUGGUCGGCCGUUUACCUCAAACCCAGACUUGCCGUUCCGAAUUAAGGAGAAUGUGGCUCUUAUGCCCCACGAUAGGAGUGUGCUAUAUGUUCCCAAAGACCCGAAGGGAUAUAACGAUUGGGAGUUUAGCCCUGAGUACAAGAAGGCUGUGCAGGCUGAAGCGUGA